CUGAAAUCUGAACUGAUAGAAGUUAUAAAUCCAGCUUAAUUAUGAUUCUUAUACUGCAUAUUAAAAAUACUUCAUUUUAAUUCCAUGGAAUAUAAUCAUGCAUGCAGUCUUCUCCUCUUCAUUUCACUACUCUUUUGUCUGCUCAAAUGCCCUGCUUCGUCUAUCCAACCUGGGUCUGAUGAAGAGCAAAUUAACUCAAUGACCGGAAACUGGUUAAACCACGGCGGUGAUAUAUACAACCGGAGAUACGCCGCCGGAGAAACCAGGAUCAGCCCUUCAACAGCUUAUCAGCUGCGUCUGAAGUGGAAGUUCCACGCCGGAAACGACAUAACCGCAACACCCGCAAUCUUCGGUGGGGUGGUUUACUUCCCGAGCUGGAACGGAUACAUAUACGCGGUGAGAGCAGUCGACGGAACCCUAGUGUGGAAAAAGAACUUAAAAGCGCUAACCGGACUAAACGCGACUGUGUUCUUUACAAAUGGCACCUUAGUAUCUAGAGCAACUCCAACUGUCGCCGGUGAUAAACUGAUUAUCGGGAUUUACGGACCGGCGUAUGUUAUCGCUGUCGCACGUGCCACGGGGCAACUUGUUUGGAAGAGACAGCUUGAUAAUCAUCCUGCCGCCAUUAUUACCAUGUCUGGAACCUACUAUGCCAAAUAUUUGUACGUGGGAGUAUCUUCACUAGAAGAAACAUCGAGCAUCGAAAACUGCUGCACAUUCCGGGGAAGCUUGGCCAAGUUAGACAUCCAAACGGGAUCCGUUAUAUGGCAAACCUACAUGCUCCCCGACAACCAACGAACCACCGGAGGAUACGCCGGAGCGGCGCUGUGGGGCAGCAGCCCUUCCAUCGACGCCGUCAGAAACCACGUCUACAUCGCCACCGGAAACCUCUACUCUGCACCUCCGUCCGUUGAAGAAUGCCAAGAAAGACAAAAUAAUCAAACCGUUCCCACAAAUCCAGAGGAGUGUGUGGGCCCCGAAAUCCACUUCGACUCCGUUUUAGCACUUGACUUGAACUCGGGUCGGGUCGAGUGGUAUAGACAGCUAGGCGGGUACGACGUUUGGUUGUUCGCCUGCAGAGAUCCCUCCACACCCAACUGCCCACCCGGCCCGAACCCGGAUGCGGAUUUUGGCGAAGCCCCUAUGAUGCUGACUGUAAAUUUUGCCAACGCCACUAAAGUCGACAUUGUUGCUAUUGUCCAGAAAAGUGGAUUUGCUUGGGCACUGAAUCGAAAUAACGGCAACUUAGUCUGGUCCACUGAGGCUGGUCCAGGGGGUACACAAGGAGGGGGUACAUGGGGAGCAGCAACAGACAAUAGAAAAGUCUAUACCAACAUAGCCAACACCAAUAAGCAGAAUUUUACACUUUUGCCAUCGAACAACGUCACAAAUGGAGGGGGCUGGGUUUCGAUGGAUGCCGGUACAGGCAGAAUAUUGUGGUCCACUGCCGUUCCGCACAACGCCACUACUAAUCCAGUGACCAUUGCCAACGGCGUUCUCUUUGCGGGGUCCACGUACAAAACGGGCCCUGUUUAUGCUAUCAAUGCUGCAUCGGGUGAAAUACUAUGGUCUUUUGAUACAGGAGGCUCCGUUUACGGUGGUUUUUCAGUGAGCAAAGGAUGUGCGUACGUAGGGAGUGGAUUUCGUGUUAAUCCUACCUUCACCGGAGGAACCUCACUCUUCGCCUUCUGUAUAAGAAACUGAUGACACGUGUCCAUGCUUAGAAAAUAUAAUUUCUAUCUAAAUAACACUGAAUUUGGUGAUAAUAAUAUAUAAUAUGAUCUUAGAAAACAUAAUAAUAUACUUUGAACUCUUUUAACAGGGCACACACAAAGGAGACAACAUGGACAGAGUUAGUUUUACAAUGUUUUACGACAGCAACAGAAAAAACAUCGAACGAAACUUAAA